CCCACCACCGGAAGCCAGGAACUGAACAUUCCAAACAUUCAAGUGCGAUCCAAUUCCUUGUUUUCUAUCUUAGCUAUUAGAGGAGAUAGCGCCAUUCAAUCGCUUCACUCACUGAACUCGCGCCUAUCGCCAUGAACCACAGCCGCCGCAAGARUGGUUUGCGCCGUGCCAAAGCAAAUUUCCUGUUGCUGCUGAUCGCCAUCGCUGCCGCCGUGACUCUUCUGGAAUGCGUGCCACUCUCGUCAGCUUCCACUGCAACAACUACCUCGAGUGUGAGUGCCCGAAACCGAUCCGUAGGGGACGAAGACCAAAACACCCCAAACAGCGGAGACGAAGACGACAGCGACGGGAAGGCAGCCAGCAAAGCCGACAAAAAGACAAGAAAAACCUCCUGGCAAUAUUUCUACCAAAAGGACGAGACUACAGCAGAGGAAGAGGAGACAGAUGGUGCAAGCAACAACAACAACAACAACAACAACAACAAGCCCAGGUUCCCGUUUGGAGCUCGGCGCCGCAAGCGAGCGCAGGGAGACGACGAAACCCAGAAGAAGCUAGAGGAGAUGUUCACGGCUUCGAAUGAGAUCGAUGAUGACCAURACGAUGACGAUCACAACGAAUCCUUGGAAGAAAAAAAAUCCAACGAAGAGGGCACGGAGGACAAAACAGAAACCGGUUCCGAAAACGAUGCGGAGAAMGAGGACGUUCCUCCAACCAAGAAAGAAAGCUCGGACGACGAGGAAGCGGAUGCCGAUUCCGAUUCGGAAUCAUCGAGCAAGAACGACGAAGAGGAGAAAGACGAGGAAGGACAGGAGUCCGAGAAAAACAACGCAGCGAACAACGAUCCGGUGCAACAGUACAUAGAACAGCUCCAGAACGCCCAAAAGAUGCAGCAGCAGCAAAUGCGCCCGAUGGGCUACCCGGGGGCCAUCGUGUACCGAUCGGCACCGAUGYCRCACCCACAAAUGCGCCCCGGAAUGUCUCCGCACGACGGYCCCGGUAUGCCGGCUCUGGCCCCGGGUCAGGCCAUGGUCGUUUCGGCAAUGGUGAACCUUCUGAUGCUUGGGUCACGUAUCUUUUUGCUAAAGUGGAUCAUCGACAAGCUGGCCUUUGAGUCCGAGUCAAAAGCCCCYRUCCAGCACUUCAUGUGGGAAUGCCUCAACGACAAAUACGUCAAGGACGAGGAGAUMUGGAAUAGAGUCUUGGGCCGGGCUCCACAGAGCAUGGGAAUCUCCCAACGGAAGUGGGGAAAGACGGUCCGGGCGAUGGGGCCGAAGAAAGAACGAAAGAAACCAGGAAGCAAAACCAAAAGAAAAAGCAAGAACAAGAACAGCGAGAAAGACAUCGAUGGCAAACAAAAGGAUUCAAAAGAACAUCAGCUGCAGCCAAUCRAUCCGGCCAACRACAAGCAGGAGGAAUCCUCAUCGGACCAARAAACUUCCAAAACGGUGGUGGUCAUGGAUUUUUCGACCAUGAACGUUCCAAAUCCCGACUUUUUGCGCUUUGCCGAUGUGGUUACCUUUUUGGUUGGAUCCAAUGGUCCCAGCAAGCAAAUGUUUGGCCAGAAUCCCGAGGUCGUCCUGAUGCUGCAAUCGCCGGGCGGAGAGGUCACCUCCUUUGCCUUUGCCGCCGCUCAGGUAGCGCGGCUGCGGAAGGCCGGCUGGAACGUGACUGUGUGCGUCGAUCGCAUAGCUGCCUCGGGGGGAUACAUGAUUGCCAGCCAGGCCACACAGAUACUGGCGUCGCCCUUUGCAAUGGUGGGGAGUGUCGGUGUGAUUACCGAAACCCUCAACUUUUACGAGAUUCUGAAGGAGUACGGUAUCCAAUCUCUGGUGCUCAAGGCAGGCGACAGCAAGAUGCCGAUCACCCAGUUUGGAAAGGUUACGGACAAAGACAUCCAAACCACCCAGAASGAUCUGGACGAGACGCACAAAUCCUUCAUCGAUCUCUGUCGAUCGAGGCGGCCUACCCUAGAUCCGGCGGUCUGCAACGGACGGAUCCUUAGCGGCGACAAGGCUCUCGAGAGGGGCAUGAUCGAUCGGAUCCUCACGUCGGACGAGUACAUUCUUGAAAAAAUCGCCGAGGGAGACCUCGUAAUGAAACUUCAUUUGGUCUCCGGGAAUAGCGAGCGGCACAUGAUUGCAAACGCUCUGCAAAUCCUGCCGCACCUGUCGACCAGGUUCAAGCGUUUUUUGAGUGYUGGUGGAGARCUCGGUGGCGGAAACAACARCAGCAGCAGCAUACGACGCACACUCGCAAAASUAAGCUCRUGGGUGGAAGAAAACGUUCGCAUGGAUGGCAACUUCGCUAGCAAGGCGGUGCAACUCGUCGGGCUGGCGUCCAUGAUUCGACGGGCCAUCGGGCGAUCUGGAUUCUCCGCCAAGAACGAUGCGAACAUCUGCUAGCUACCAUAUUACCACACACAAACACAAAUGUAAUGCUCUAUUUUUUCAAUUGUGCUCUUGCUCUGUUUAGAUGGAUGGAAUGCACAACGUAAGGUACGGUAUUACGAUAGUCAAUGCUGAUGGCUAUAAAUUAUGCAAUGAUAGUACAAUACAAACAAAUUCUGCAAGRUACUGAACACAUUGGUGACAGGGAUUUAAAAAUGAAGAUAACAACCUGAAUCGUACCGCAUCCUAUAAAUGGAACGCUAGAUAACGAKUCCAGAUCGUUCAACGGACAAAUAUUUUGGAACUAAAGGGGUUGGCAUCCACGUUACAAUUKACAGUUUUUGGAGAGGGAGCUAGAGAGAUUCAAUAUUGAUUUGGCGGAAAGAACAAAAAAAGCGAAAGAGAGCUGCGCGGCUGAAUUAAAGCAGKCUAUAUGUCAUGCUUUCUCUACAACGAUGUAAGUAACUCUCAUACUUGGGGGUCAGCGAAAUGUUGCAAUAAUGGUGGUUCUAGYAGUAGCUUUCGGCCUAAAAAUUACGAUAAUGGAUACAGUAAAGUGCGUAAUUGCAU